GCCAUCUUUCUAUAUACCACGUAGAGCAAGCAUUUGUUUUCUUUUCUGUAUUCUAAGCUGUAAGGUACUUUGUACUACAAGGUGUAAAAGACAUAUUUAACAACUAAUUAGAAUUAAUUUUCCGAGCGUUCCAUUCACAAAAAAAUCAACAAGUGGCGUUCUUCACAGAAAGGAAGAAUGCAAAAGAACAGUGGAUAUGACGCGUUGCGUUUUAAUUUUCGAUCUCAGGGUGAAUUUAAUGCUGCACAAGAUUUGCUUCUUUCUCGAAGCGAUUGCUUCUUAAAAUCCAAGCGAGUGCGUGACAAAGUUCGCAGUGAAGAAGAACUGAGGAAGAAAACUCCAUGGGAUAUCAGCCCCCCUGACUUCACACUUCAAAUCUACCAACCAAAGCCGCCGAAACGAAAUAGCAGGAAGGCCAUGAUACCAGGAUACAACGAAGAGGAAUGGAAUAAAAAGGCAAAGGAAAGAAGGAAACAGCACAUCGAGUUCAAACGUAUUCAAUUACCAAAAAUACUUCAGCCUUCGGUGUCAGACAAAGCACCGUUCUCUACACAGUUCCGAAUUCCCGACUCUCACACAGCUAAACUUAUGUACGUCAGGAAUGGUAUUCACAACCGUGAGCCUUAUGUGACACCAGGACCUCAUGCCUUCAGAGGAGAUGAUUUCAGACCACUGGAGAAUCCAAAGAAGUAUGGUUUGCCAGAGUUCACCACUAAUUAUGACCAUGACCCUGGUAAUCUGAAGUUCCACUCCAGAACAUUAAAUGUAUUAUACGAUCCCUACAAAGAUCAGGAGUUUUUAAAUUCCAAAGACGGGUAUAGAAAACAGAUGAUAACAUACAAAGAACAGGAACCAGACUGGGAUAGUGCACUCAUCUUACAAAAAGGGCCGUACAAAAAAGGUCGCUCACCAAAAAGUGCUCUUAUGGAACGGAUAGCUAAACAACUGCCAUGGUACUCAGCACAAGACAAGAUCGAACAAUUCAGAAGACCUGAUAUCUCUGACAACAAAACAGUUGACUGGUUAGCAGUGACAGCACACAGCAAAGAGUUCAAUAUGAUCUAAAACAACAAGAUCAAGGAUGAACUGGAGUGCAAGAACAUCUGAGAUGCCAUACGAAACAUGCUAUGGUUCAUUAGUACAGCAGAUUAAUUAGGCAGUAUUUUUGGACAAUUAUUUAUCAAUUCUGAUAGAUUAAUCCAUGAUGGGAGGUGUGUUGUGAAUUAAAAUUUACACUGAGUACACAUCAACUUAGACUAAUUAAAACCUUACUUUUAGUAUGCUGUAAGGAGGAAGGAAACAAACACCUUGGACCAAAGAGAUACCUUACAACACUUAUUGUGUUUUAAGUAUAUUUUAAAUAUUAUGAUUUAUGCUUUCGUUGUUAAAUUAUCAACAUAAUAUUUAUUUAGCUUGGUCUUAAAAUCCUUCAUGGAAAGGUCAAGGUUUCGGUGCAUAAGAAUUAUGGGUAAAUGAACCAGUUGCCAACUUUUUUUUUCCUACAAAGGAUUUAAGCCUGUUACAUUGAACUAUGGUCAUUUAUUUAUUUGCUCUAUUUAAUGUCAUUUGUAUUAUAUAAUACGGUCAACCCCCUGAAGGCAACCACCUGAAAAUAUGCCAGGUCUACAUAGCUGGUCGCAUUGUGGGUCACUUCUGAGAGGUCCACCCACCUACCGGUAGUCUAGAUUGCAUGAGUCAUGCAGAAAUCUCUAAAUGCCUAGAUCCCCACAAUUUUCUGAUUCAAACCUACAAAGCAUCGAAUCUGAUUACACAACAACAAAUUGAUGCUCAUUUCUAUGCUCUAAACAAGUGGUCAGUCUUUAUGAAGAACAGAGUUACACACAGAAUACAUCUAGUGCCAGGAGAUUUCAUAAACACAUUUCUUGGUCUUUAUUUAAGAAAUAGAAAAGUUAACUUGAACCAUGUUUCCAUUGAGUUUUAGUAUAAAUCUACUAGCGUCUAUCACGAAUGCCGUUUGCUGAUUGGCUACGAUACUCACUAUCUAUUCUGUUGUAGAUAGUGAGUAGCUUAGAAGUGUGCACUUAUUAAGAAUAAUUAUUACGGCCACUCUUUUGCGUUUUCAAAGUGUCUGUGAGGAGGAUUUAGAUAAAGUUCUGAACAGCUAAUAGAUUUAUACUAAUUAAAACAAUUAGAUUAAUUGCUCUCAAUUUCUAUACGUGAUAGUUGACGAGGGUGCAGCCAGAAAUCUUGAGCCCAUAGUUUAAUUGUUUAAAAGAAACUUGAGUAGCAGCUUGGAGAAACAAGAAAUGCGGCGGGAACACAAGCUGACAGGCAAGUGUUUCCACAACUUUUUUGAGUUUUCUUAAACUUCCAUGGGUGUUUCAGUUAAGCAAUUAGAUUAUGAGCUCAAGAUUUAUAUCGGGUGAUAUCACGGAUAGAAAUCGAGAGCGAAUAAUCUAAUCAUUUUAGUAUAAAUCUACAAGUCAUUUAAAACUUUAUCUUAAUCCUCUUGACAGACUUCCUCUUCACAAAAUGCCAAAAAGAGGCCGUCAUUUUCUUAACAAGCACACACUGCUAUACUACUCACUAUCUAUCACAGAAUAG